AGUGUAAACACUUUACUGUAGAUAACGCGGCAGCGGCAACUGGUCAUUUUCCUGUUACCCGAUGUAUGAAUCGUCAGUCAGUCGUCGCUAGGCUAACGAUACGCCGCGGCGAAUACUUUGUGCUAAUUGUGUUCGGUAACAAAAACUUAAAGGGAUAUACUGUUUACUAGUGUCCUUAGUGGUUUACGCUGAUAACCAUUAUGUUUAUAUUUGUGCUCGAAUUAUGCGCGUGUUUUGUGUUGUGUUUUGGUCAAAAUCACGGAGUUAAAGGACACAAUGAACCGGAACAUCCCACGAACUUACACAACGGCCUCAGCGAGGCGACUGGUAAUUUCUCAGUCGAGCUAUUAUAUCAUGCAGCAAGGCAACAAGGGAAGCAGAAUCUGAUUUUGUCGCCGAUCACAGCAUGGACGGUGAUGGCGGUGACGUCGGAAGGCGCACUGGGGAGUACGCGGACUCAACUGAACUCUGCCUUACGAAUCAAAAGAAACCGGACGGUCACCAGACAGAACUUCCAAGAAAUCGCGCGAUGGCUAUUAGUAAACACAACUACGGUGAAUCUUGCGAAAUUCAACGGAAUAUUUGUAGACAAGUCUAAAUCUCUGGAAAAUGACUUCCGUAAAUCUUCGAAAGAAUUUUAUGAUACUCAAACUGUCGAUCUAGACUUUAGGAAUAGCGCAGCAACCGCUGCCACCAUAAAUGGAGCUGUGUCAUCAGCAACCAAAGGCAGAAUUCCCAAAUUAAUUGAUGAAAGUAAUUUGAUUGAUGCACAGAUGAUCAUUACUAGUGCAGUAUAUUUUAAAGGGCAGUGGACUGCUCCUUUUAAUGCCUCAUCUACAACUAAACAAAAUUUCUAUAAUAGUACUGGGGGGAAAAUAGGUGAAGUAAACAUGAUGUACAAUAGAUACACAUAUCCAUUUGCUAACAUUAAGGAGAUUCAAGCAAGAGUAAUUGAAUUGCCUUAUGGUGUUGAGAACCGUCUGUCCAUGCUGUUAAUGCUGCCGAAUCCUGGUGUCACUCUAGAAGAUAUGUUCUUGAACUUUAAAAAAGUACCUCUAGAUACUGUCUUUCAAGAGCUCAAACUCUCCCAAGAAGAGUACAGUGAAGAUGAAAUAGACUGUUUUAUUCCUCGUUUCAAAAUUGAAUCUAACAUUGAACUGACUGAAAUUUUUAAAAAGGGAAUGGGAAUAUAUGACCUUUUUGAUCCUGCACAGGCCAAUCUGGGCCGCUUAGCUCGCAAGCCCCUAUAUGUGACUAGAGUCAUCCAUAAAGCAGAGAUUGAAGUUACAGAGGAAGGUACCAUUGCGUCAGGAGCCACUGCUGCUGAGUUUGCAAAUCGGAUUGGAGUUAUAAGGUUUGAUGCCAACAGGCCUUUUAGUUACCUUAUUGUGGAAAAGGUCACAAACACUAUUGUUUUCGGAGGAGUCUACCAACAACCAACUUUGUACUGAUCUUUAAAGCUAUAUAUAAUCAAAAACGUAUGACUAAAUAUAAUUGUAAUAUUUGAGUAAUGUGUACCUACUCAAAUGCAGAGAUAUGAGUUUCAAUUAUUUUGUAAGAUAAUUUUUAAGUACACUAAACAGAUUGACUACAAGAAGGCAGAAUUCCUGGAGGAGUCAAUUUAAAUUAUAAUUUCAUAACAUUGUUUGAAAUAUCUGAGCUUCAAAAUACUCAUUUUAAUACCAAUUGUGCAUCAAAAAAUCUUUCCUUUAUACUUAAGUACCUAGUAAUAACAUUUCAUAUGUUAUUGUUAUUCUCAAAUCCUGAUACCUUCCAUGGGCAUCUAUGUCCUCUGAUCUAUUUCUUACCUUAAAUUAAUACACAAUACAUGAUUUUCCACUUUCCACUUUUGAAUUGUUCUUGAAUUUUCUGUACUAGUCUUAUUACAUUUUUAGCUAUGAGUGCCAUGACAUCUUAUAACAACUAAUUUGUGAAAUUUGUAUACAAAUACGGGAUUAUAUUUUAAUAACUUACCAAAAUGUUGUUAAAAAUAUAUAGCUAAAAGAGAUAAAAUUUUAGAUAACAAGGUCAUGUUCAAUGUAAUCAAGGCAUUUAAAAUGCUCAUGAACCGAGAACUGGUUGCAAAACUGUCAUUUUGAAUGAUAAUUUGCAUUUUUAAAAAACAGGUAAAUUAUUAAAAUAGUCAUGGUUCUCUGUUAUAUUAUAUUGUUUGUUGAUUUUUCUGCUCUUUAAACAAGAAUAUAGAAUUAUGAUGAUGAUGAUGCUUAUUUUUAACAUGAACCUAUUAAUAAAAUUAGAGCAGCUAAUAACUUUUUAAACAACCCUUAUCACAAUAAAUCAUUGCAAAAAUGGUUUUGAAAAAUGUAGGUACCAGGGUAACAGUUUGAAAUUGUUUGCAUUAAGGCUCUAUACUAUAAAGGAGGGUGUACAACGGUAGUUACAUGGUUUUGAUUUAAAACUAACGGGAUUAAUAAAUUUUUCUUCAUUUCCACUUUACCCUUAUGCCUUAUAAGUUAUAAUAGUUAAAAUUAGAAUCAAUUAACUAUCAACAUAUAAACUAUUUUCGCAAUCAUAUGUUGUAUUAGUAGAGUAUAGGUUUAUUGACAUUAUUUGAUUUUUGAUGUUCAAGUCGCGAGAUCAAUGCUUAACAUAGUCUUAAAAGGUUAUGAGAUUGAUGAUGGCACUCUUACAGCAAUUUGAAUCACCCUUGAGUUAAGCUAGCUAGAACUGUAGUGUUAUUAAAACUCAUAAUUAUUUUCGUAAGACGUCGUUGCUGACAUUUCCACACUGUCAUUGCAAAGUUAACAAUGUUAGUCUUUAAUAUUUAAGUAAAUAAAUGAUCGUACUAAACUGCUGGUCAGUUAACGCGGCAAUAAGGAAUAAAUAACAACACGAUUUUCCCUGAUUUCGUCAUUCGUGUGGUUUUAGUUGCUAAUGGCUUCGGAAACGCAUUGCAAUGCAUUUGUGGAAAAUUGUGUAUUCAUCAACUUGGCCUAGGUAUACGUUAAAACGAUUGACUUAGAUUCUGAAUCUCUCAAGAGACCACGAUAUUGAUGUCUUAUAUUUGCGCUACUUUAACUUUUAUUACAGACUUGUAGACAUUGUAGACCUAUCUGUAUUUAUCGAACAUUGAACGAUGCAACAUUAGCAAAGUGCCGAAAUCCACCGAAUUACUCUACUAGUACUAUCUACAGUAUCUACUCUAAAAAUAUCCUUUACUCUUAAACAUUAGUACCGAAUGCCAUUACUCACUUUAUAAUUAAAUGGUUUCUGAAUUAAGAAACCAAAGUAAAGUAAUGGUUCUAGUUAAAGAUAGAUAAAUACGUAAAGUUAGCCAAAACAGUGGUUUACCACUUUUCGGGCUAAAAAAAAUUGAGUCGAAAAGUGGUAACUUUCUUGGCUGACCGUACCUAUUGAAGUGUCAAAUUAAAUAUCUUACGCGUUGCUAGUGCUUAAAUAUUUGUCAUACGGGUAGUUUUCGGGACUAGGUAUCGAAAUUGUUAUCAUUUUAUAUCACUAAUGAUCCUAACUUGUCGGCGUAGAAAAUGAAAUAUAAACAAACAAAUGAAUUACUGAGAAAUAAAGAAAACACAAUUAUUAAUGAUGUGAAUGUUAUGUCAAGUGUGUUUAUAAGAAAAAUAAGUUGUAUAAGAAUAUUUGCGUACCUAUAGUGUUGUGUUUUAUACAAACUGUAAAUAGACGUAACUUUUGUGAUUAAGUCAAAAUUGUUUACCUAAAGAAGACGAAGAAUCGAAGAUCUUUUCUUAAUUAGAAAUAAAUUUUACAUACUCAAAGCUGGAAA